CAUAGUAUGUCGGAAAUGGGAAAGCUGUAAGCGCCUGCUUGCCAGGCGCAAUCACAUCCUCCAGUGUGACCACGGCCCAGAAAGCGUAGCUGUUGGUCCAGCUUUAUGCGCAAUUUCGACAAGAUGGGUCCAUGUCUCCUCUUCUGCGCAGCUUGCAGUGUGUUUGAAGCUUGUGAAGGCAGCUUUGGAGCAGUUUAUCGGCUGGCAGAAGCAAGUUUGUGGCCAAGCCCGGCCCCUGAGGUUGCACAACACACAGCUCACUGGCCAAACAGGCUACUAUACUCUGCCUAGAUUCAAUACCAGACAUUCCCUGAUUUCUGUAACCAGUCACUUUAUUUUAUUAACAGAGAACCGGUCGGGAGAUAAAGAGCCUGGAACGAGCUAGUCGGAGAUAAUAUCCCAAUACCCGCCUACAUCUACUUUCGUUAUCACCCUACCCUGUGAGGUUCACUGUUACCAUUCAGACGUUGUUUUUCUAAGCCAGAAUGAUUACCCUCGAUUCCCUCAAAUUAGCUCUGAGGCAGAAAGCCUUAGACGAUGCGUCUUCAAGGCAGCCGUUAACAGACAUACAGUACAGCGCCGGCUUCGAUAUUCUGACCCGAGGCUCGGGCUGGACAGCGUAUCAAGACUUCAUUUUCCCUCAAUUAUCCCAGCUGCUCACUUCAUUCACCUCGAUUGGUCAGAUUUCUGUACUAGAGGUCGGACCUGGGCAGAAGAGCGUACUCGGAUAUCUGCCUAUUGGUCUGAGAAAGAAAAUCGGGAGAUACGCUGCUUUUGAGCCCAAUGGCCUGUUUGCCACCAGAUUGGAGAAUUGGCUUUCCCCUACAUCGAACACGGAACCUCCGCUGCCAUGUAUGAAAAGCGCGCCCGAGAUCUAUCAUGCUCCAUUCACUCUUGGAAGUCCUGUGAAGAACGGUACCAAUACCAGCACGAGCGAUAGCGAAGAUGGGUUCAACAUCAUCCUAUUCUGCCACAGCAUGUAUGGAAUGAAGCCGAAACGCAAGUUCAUCGAAAAGGCCUUGGAGAUGCUUGUACAGCAGCCAGAAGUCGGAAUGAUUGUGGUUUUCCAGCGGGACGGGACCCUGCAUUUUGACGGUUUGGUGUGCCAUCAGACGGCUUGUUUCCCAACCGGCGUUGUUCAAGUGGCAAAUGAUGACGAGGCCCUGGAUUGUUUUGCAUCUUUCAUUGCAGGGUUUUCGAUGCAGGAUAUGGAUGUACGAACCGAGUGGCGCAAGGUGUGUCGCGCACUGGGUCGUCAUGAAGGGGGCAGCCACCAGGGACAUCUCUUGUUUAGCUCACCCGACAUCAUGGCAACAUUUACUCGGCAUUCGACAAUGUUGCCGGAACUAGAGGCGCAGGUGCCGGUGGUGAAAGGGAACAAGACUGUCAGAAACCGAGAGGCUCGCCUCAACCGCCCCGCAUCGAUUGUCAGGCCAACGGAGAUCCGACAAGUGCAGCAUUGCGUGCGAUGGGCCCUGGAGCACCGGUUCUGCUUGACUGUUGUUGGCGGAGGUCAUAGCGGCCAUUGUCUCUUGCCCAACGUCGUCUCAGUUGACAUGGGCGCCUUUGACCAAAUUCACAUUCUCUCGGCGGGGGACGGGAUUGGAGAUUCCGGCUCUGACUCCGGUUGUUUGGUCGUUGCUGAAGCCGGAUGCAAGACGGGCGACAUCGUCUGUAAGGCCAUGGCAGCUGGUAUGACAGUGCCCUUGGGCGCCCGCCCUAGCGUUGGGGCCGGUCUGUGGCUACAAGGGGGCAUCGGACACCUUGCUAGGCUGUACGGCCUCGCAUGCGACGCCGUUGUCGGUGCCAUCAUAGUCAGCGUUGACUCGGGCCGGGUUCUCUGCGUCGGCCACGUACCACGCCAACACCGACCAGCCAACGCCGUGCGGCCUGACAACGAGUCCGAUCUGCUAUGGGCUAUAAAGGGCGCCGGGACAAACUUUGGCAUUGUAAUCAGCGUUACUUUCGCGGCUUACCCAGCUCCCACUUUCCUGACCAGGAACUGGAUUAUUCCUUUAAGCGAUGCUCGCGAGGUGCAGCUCAGGCUCGGCAGCUUUGAUGAACUCGUCGCCAGUAAGAUCCCCCGAAACUGUUCUGCAGAUGCGUAUCUGUACUGCGACCAAGGCCGGCUGCACCUUGGCGUUACCAUAUUUGAGUCCUUUACGACUGGACUCGGAUCUGCGGUGUCCACGCCCAUUUCCAAACUCAUUACCACACUCUGGGGACCGGAAGCCGAUUCCAAGCGCGUGAACAGCAUCGAGAUGUUCGAAACCGAGAUGUACAUGACUAGAAUGCACGGUGGGCACGGCGGCGGUAAAACCUCUUCGUUCAAACGAUGUUUGUUUCUGAAGCGGAUCUCGGAGGAAUCCAUUGUAGAUGUUCUAGUGGAGGCCAUUGGGACUCGUCCCUCACCACUCUGCUAUUUCCAUUUACUACAAGGUGGCGGGGCAGUCGGCAGCGUGGCGGACAAUGCUACUGCUUUUGGCUGUCGAGAUUGGGACUUCGCCUGCGUAAUCACGGGUGUCUGGCCCCGUGAUCAAGAUGGCACUGAUACCAACAGAGCUGCCGUACAGUGGGUCUAUCAUGUCGCCGGAAACUUGCUGCCCCUCAGCACCGGAGCUUACGGCGCUGACCUCGGGCCGGACCCGAGAGACGCUCCACUGGCGGUCAGGGCUUUCGGACCGAAUCGGCCCCGCCUGUCCCGUCUCAAACGCAUCUCAGACCCACGCAAUAUUCUAGCUUACACUUGCCCGCUCCCGAAAGCGGUGAUGGAACGGGAACUUAUCAUUCUUGUCACAGGCGACAGCUGCUCCGGAAAGGACUUCUGUGCCGACGUCUGGGCUUCCCUGUUUAUUGAACGCACCAAUAAACGCCUCCGAGCGCGUGUCUACAGCAUCAGCGAUGUGAUUAAGCAGGAAUACGCGGCGGCUACUGGUGCCGACCUAAGUCGCCUAUUUGGCGACCGGGCCUACAAGGAGCAACACCGGCCAGCGUUGACAGCAUUUUUCCGAGACCAGGUGCGGCAACGACCACGGCUUCCAGAAGAAACCUUUUUGAAUGUGGUGGACGACGCCGUAGAUGUUGACGUGCUGCUUAUCACUGGGAUGAGAGACAAGGCUCCAAUCGCAUCAUUAUCGCACCUGGUGCCAGGAUGUAGAAUGCUUGAGGUCCAGGUCCAGGCUACCAAAGAGACACGGCGGGCUCGACGUUGGUGCCACAGUGGUGAUGACAAUAACGGGGACAACAACAACGAGAACAACACCAACGACAGGACAGAGCCUCUGGUUUUAGGCCACCGUCCCAACUUCAUCUUCGAGAACGACACAGCCGGAGACGAGGCGGCUAAGAAGUUUGCAGAAAAACACCUUCUUCCCUUCUUCCACGAGAACCUGCAUCAACUGGCUAGCAUGGUGCGUACAAUACCGGACUUUCCGCGCCAAGGUAUUCAGUUCCGCCACGUGCUCAACAUCGCCGAGCAGCCGGGUGGGCUAGCACUGUGCACGUCACUGCUGCGAUCUCACUUCACGGGCGAUUGGAACAAAGUUGACGCUGUGGCGUGCUGCGAAGCCGGCAGCUUUGUCUUUGCGUCAGCGUUGGCUUCCCAAGUCAAUGUGCCCUUAGCGCUGGUUCGGGAAGCAGGCAAGCUCCCUGCGCCCACCGUGUCAGUUACCAAGCCCUCGUCACAUAUUUCAUCUGCGGUAUCCAACAGCUCAGGAGAAAAGAGCAUCGAGAUGAGCCGACAUGUGGUUCCCAGGGGUGGGACAGUGGUGGUGGUAGACGACGUGCUUGCUACGGGGAAAACGCUGUGUGCGGUUCUGCAGCUGCUGGUUAAGGCUGGAGUCGAUGUCGAACGUGUCAACUUUAUUGCUGUAGCAGAAUUCCCUAUCCAUCGCGGUCGGGAAUUGUUACGCCGACGCGGCUUCGGCAAAGUCAACGUUCAAAGUCUUUUGGUUUUUGAUGGUCAGUAGGGAACGGGGAGCAAGAUGUCGUAGUCCUGGAUAUGAAGAUGUUGCAGCAAGGAGUCUUCCUCGCCCUAGCCUUUUGCGUUCUGUGUUGACCAACGCUAUUUCUUUCGCCAUAUCCAGCUUGAUACUCUCAGUGAACAUAUUUUCACAAAACUUAAUUUAGUCGAAUGUGU